UUAGGAAAUUGGGAUACUUUGGAGGUUAAACCGAAGGAAAACGGCCUUGAUACAAGGCAAGAAUUGAUUAGAUUUUAUGAGAAAAACUAUUCGGCAAACAUUAUGCACCUUGUUGUAUAUGGAAAAGAGAGUCUUGAUGAAAUAAAAACUCUAGUCGAAAGUAAGUUUCAGGACAUCAGAAACAUUGGGCGGAACUACUUGCACUUUCCUGGUGAACCUUGCUCAUCUGAACAUCUGCAGAUCCUUGUAAAAGCAGUUCCGAUUAAAGAAGGCCACAUAUUGAGAAUUAUAUGGCCAAUUACUCCUGGUAUACGGCAUUACAAAGAAGGGCUUUCAAAAUAUAUCGGUCACCUUAUUGGGCAUGAAGGAGAGGGGUCCUUGUUUUAUAAUUUGAAAAAAAUGGGUUGGGCUAUGAGUUUGAGUGCUGGGGAAAUGGAUUGCAGUGUUGACUAUUCUUUCUUCUCUGUUACCAUUGAGCUCACUGAUUCUGGUCAUGAUCAUCAUGAAGAUAUCAUUGGAUUAUUGUUCAAAUAUAUUCACCUCUUACAGAAAGAUGGAGUUGCCAAAUGGAUUUUUGAUGAGUUGUACCCUUCAGAAGAUUGGCUUGUACAGUCAUCACUGCCUUCCAAGUUUUUUCCGAGUGCCAUAAAGGCGACGCUGGAUGAGCUAAGCCCAGAGACUGUUAGAAUAUUCUGGGAAUCCAAAUCAUUUGAAGGGUGUACUGAUUUAGUUGAGCCAUGGUACGGAACUAAAUAUUCUGUUCAGAAGUUACCUCCUUCCACCAUUCAGCAAUGGAUAGAGAAAGCUCCUAAAGAAGAUUUGCAUCUUCCAAUUCCCAACAUUUUCAUUGCAACUGAUCUUACAAUAAAGCAAGUUUCAGACAAAGUAAACAGCAUAUAUGAAUGUGUUCCAUAUCCAUAUCUUAUAAGGAAAUCUCCUUUCUCAAGAUUAUGGUACAAACCUGAUACUAUGUUCUUUACGCCUAAAGCAUAUAUAAAAAUAGAGUUCAAUUGCCCACUGUCAAACCAGUCACCUGAAGCAGCAGUCCUUACUGAUAUGCUUACACGAUUGUUGAUGGAUUAUUUGAAUGAAUAUGCCUAUUAUGCUGCGGUGGCUGGUCUUUAUUACUCGAUACAUAGCUCAAAUUAUGGAUUUCAGGUUACAGUAUUUGGUUAUAAUCACAAAAUGCAAAGUCUGUUAGAAACUGUUAUUGAUAAAAUCAAGAACUUUGAGGUGAAGGCUGACCGGUUUUCUGUAAUCAAGGUAUUUGUUUUUUUUUUUGGGCAGAUGACUUUCAUAUGCUAGAUCUCGUGCCUCUCA